CAAAAAAUAAAGUUACUUCACAAAGCCCCUUGACGCCCCUUUGGCAAAGCCAAGAAUUGUAGAGCGUGUUUCUCUCAUUCAUCUCAGUUGCAGAGCGCCCUGCUGCCAUGGAAGCUUACAACAACGAAGAGUUCGCAGUUGGAUGCAUUUUAUCCAUUAAGACUACUUUAGGCGACGAGUUUGAAGCCCAAGUUAUCGCCUUUGACAAACCCUCCAACAUCCUCGUCCUUCAAGAAGGGGUAUCUGCAUCAGGGCCAAAGAGAGACAUAAGGUUAUUGAAAGCCAACUACAUUAAAGAGUUCAGUUUUCUUGGUCAAGGCCAAGACCCACUUGAUACCAAUAAAUGUUUUCUUGAUCUCAAUAGCCUUCAAUCCAGAGAAGAUUCUGCUAUUAGACAAGCAGAGAUAGAUGCUGAGAGAUUUGGGGUUGGUGUCACUGCUGAAGCUCAGACUAUAUUUGAUGCUUUGUCUAAAACAUUGCCUGUGCGCUGGGACAAGACCGUGAUCGUUGUGAUGAAUGAGGUGCGUGUUAACAGUCCAUAUCGUCCUGAAUCUGUUACUGGAGGCACUCCGGCUGCCAAUGAAAGAGUGCGGAAAGUGCUUGUAUUGGAGAGGAAGAGGUUGCAAACCCGCAAUACUGGACAGUGAGAAUUCUUACUGUGUUCUUUUUCUUUGGUCCGAGGUGUUCUUUGCAUCAUUGGCCUGCUGAGUAAACAUAUACCAGAGCGUUGGCAAAAAUGUGCAUCCUACUCGAGUGAAGAUGUAUCCGUGUCUCUCCAUCUGUAAAAGGUUUGAAAAAAAUAGUGACUGGAGUUGCUCUCUCCCCCACCCCUGUCCCCCAAAGAAAAUACAGCAAAUUUUUCUUCAUUUGCUUGUCUCAGUGAGGUAAAUUUCAAUUUGUCAUAUUAUGUUUAUGAGGAAUCAAAGGUUGAGCUUGAAGGAUUUUGUUUACUGAUUUUCUUUCUCCUUUACCUGGAGGGUAAAAAGAAGUUGCCAGUUUGCAAAGAAACGGUGUUCUGUUAUAUUAUAUAAAUGAAAGAGGAACAACGCAGAUUGCAUUUUCUA